UUGGCCUCGGUCGUGCUCGAUUCGAACCAGCCAAGCCACAGUCCACAGGCAGAGCAACCCCACAGCUUCGCGCCCACACACGAAAAACACACAGCGGCCAAGGCACCGAGCCAGUCCGGUGAAGGAAAAGCCAAACGGAAGCGGAAAAACUGAAAGUUUAAAGCCCCGAUUAGGGAUGAACUGUUAAAUAUUUUCCGGAAAUACGCGUAACUAAUUGAAGUGGAUUACUUAACUAAAGUGUCGGGCUGGUGAAGUGAAAAGAAAAUAAAUUGAAAACUCUGGGCUCUUUUUUUUCGCACAUGUUUUCCAAUGCAACGGUUUUCUUCUGUAUCUGUUUUCCGAGAGACCUCAGCCACGGACUGUAAUUAACAGAGCCUGGGCCCCAACGUAGCUCCAACGUCUAGUAUCCCAGCCGUGCAACAAACGCAAAAUCCGAGAAGCACCUACCAAAGGACCUACGAAAAUGAUUGUACGCCGCCGAUCUCGUCGAGCCCGCAUGUGGAACAUGGGGCUGCUCUUCCUCAUCUACUACUGCGUCAGCAUCUAUUCCGCCAAGGGCGACACUAAGGAAUCCCUGCCCCUGGAUGUCGGCAGCCUGGCAGAGGACGCUGGUGAUGCAGAAUCCAAUGGACUGGACAUCACAGAAGCCAACGUUCUACCGGAUACAACCCCGUUGCCUGAGACCAUGUCGACCACACAAGCCACUCCUGCCCAUGGAGCAGUUCCCACCUGGCGGCCCAAGCGCGACAACUGCACACCGCCGGCCAUCGAACAGUUCCCCCAGCCGCUGAUGAACAAGUGGGCGCGGCAGCAUGGCGGCCUCAUCCUGCACAUCCUGGUGGCCGUCUUUACCUUCUUUGGACUGGCCAUCGUUUGCGAUGAGUACUUUGUGGCCAGUUUGGACCGACUGUGUGAGGAACUAAAACUAUCGCCUGAUGUGGCUGGAGCCACCUUCAUGGCUGCCGGAAGUUCGGCUCCCGAGUUAGCCACCGUGGUGAUCGGCGUUUUUUUCGCCAAGGACGAUAUUGGAAUCAGCGGGGUCAUUGGAUCGGCCGUCUUCAACAUCAUGUUCGUGAUCUCCGUCUGUGCUCUGUGCUCCGGCACUGUCUGCCAGUUGAACUGGUGGCCCCUGGUGCGAGACUGUUUCUUUUACUGUGUCUCGAUUCUGGUCAUGCUGAUUAUAAUCUUCAACGACGUCAUCUCCUGCUUCGAAUCGGUGGUGAUGCUUCUGUGCUACGUCGGAUACUGUGUGGCCCUCCAUUUUAACACGGAACUGGAACGUUGGGCCUUGGGCCUUAACCUGCCCUUCAAGCUACCCAGCAAGGAGGAGCAGUCCGCUCUAGUGACCUACAAGAAUGUUCCCGAGAGCACCUAUACCCAAGGAAGCCACGCCCAAGGGCGGGAGCAGACGCAGCAGACCAGCCUGUCGAAGGAACAAAACGAAGGAAUGCCGUCGGAGCCGCAAAGCGACUACCAGAACUACAGCGACCCCAACGCCAGCUGGGACCCGAACGCCGCCUGGGGCGAGGAGAACCAACCGAAACCAGUCGUCAGUGCUAGAUCCAAUCCGCCGCCGGUCGACGAUUGGGGCAUGGGCGGGUACAACCAGGGGCAAGGUCAGGAGAACAUGGCCUACAAUGCCGACCAGCCCGAGUCUGUGGUUACAGGUGAAGCGGCGGCAGCGGCAGCAGCUUCCAAGCCGGGAGCCACCGCGGCGACUGCCACAACUGGGGCCGUUGAUUACUACAAGUCCACUGAUAAGCAGCGAGAGCCACGGCCCGAUCCCCUGAUCCGACCCACGGAGGGCGGCCUGCCAGCACUGGUCGCCUGGUAUGUGGUCUAUCCGAUCCACUUUCUCUGCAAGAAGACGAUGCCCGAUUGCCGACAGGAGCAGUACCGCAACUGGUAUCCCUUCACGUUCCUCAUCUCGAUGGUGUGGAUCUCGUUCUAUUCGUACUUUAUGGUCUGGAUGAUCACCGUGAUCGGGUCCACUCUGGCCAUUCCGGACACCGUGAUGGGUCUGACGUUUGUGGCCGCUGGCGUGUCCGUCCCGGAUGCCCUAAGCUCAAUAGCCGUUAUCAAAGAGGGCUUCGGCGACAUGGCCGUAUCGAAUGCAAUUGGCUCGAAUGUCUUUGAUAUACUAGUGUGCUUAGGUCUUCCCUGGUUCAUACAAACGGCCAUCAUAAAGCCCGGCUCGCACGUCAACGUAAUAUCCAAGGGUCUGGCCUACUCCACGCUGUCACUCUUCUCCACCGUUGUCUUCUUGAUCCUGUCCACGCACCUGAACGGGUGGAAGCUGGACAAGCGACUGGGCAUCAUCCUGAUGGUCUGGUAUCUGUUCUUCAUCACGCUGGCGUCUCUCUACGAAAUGAAUGUCUUCGGCUACAUGAACCCACCCGAGUGUCCCAGCACUUACUAAGCCCCGAAGGACUAUGGCAGCAUGCACUUAUAUAUUCGCAUUACCAGCACCAAGUACCAUAUACAUAGAUGCAUACCACACAUAUAUAUAGAGUCGUUCAUAGCCGCAGUUAAAGUAAGACCAUCAAAUAUUGCAACCAAAAACCUAAAGUCAAUGGGAAUUAAAUGAAGUUGAAUGGAACAUUUACCUAACGUUUAUUAGAGGACAGGAAUAUUACUCAAAAGGCAUUUUACAUGGAUUUUUACAUUGCACCAAAAGGAUCGAAGGACGAGGGAAGAAGGAGGAGGAUAAACCAAAAGAUAAAUUAUAUAUACAUGUAUAUUAUAUUUAUUAAUAUGUAUUUAAAUUAUAUUUAGGCAAUUAACAAACCGUAUAUGUACAACAAAACGAAAAGUAUACAUAAAUGAUAAAUAGAACUGUAGAUAGGGAGACAAAAAUAUAUGUAACUAAAACCAUGAGAACCAGAAACAAAAAAUACUAGCAGUGGUCGCUAACUAUUUUAGUAGCGAGGAGCUUGUUAAAAAGGAUAACUCGAAUCGAAUGCACUCCAAUUAUGAUUUCACAACGAUAUCCUUGGUCAAUGACCUGUAACAUGUAAUUACCGACUUAGUUUUAGUUUAGAGACAUUUCUGUAAAAAGCCCCCUUAUGGUUUAUAGGCCCAAACACCCAAAAAGUGGGUUUCUGCUUGGUCGACCUCGAGAACUCAUAUGAUGAAAUCAACCGACCAGUUGCGCCGAAUCCGAGCGCCGUGGAAAAUGAGCAACGAAUUCUUGUUAUAGUUUAUAUUAUAUGUUUUGUUUUAGAUCAUACCACGAACAAAGAAUGAAUUAAAAGUGUGCAUAUUUUUUUAUAUAUUUAGUCUAACGAUCGAAGCGAUAAUUUAACGGAUCCACACGAAAUAAAUACGUUUAGAAAUACAUAUAAUACGUCCUGGGUUUGCCGAAUACAACUUAAAACUUAUCAAAAAAUAGCAAUGAAAUUUAAAGUGCAAGGAUACUUAAUCUCGAGGCAAUUAAUCGUGUCAAUUUUUUAUUGCAAUUAAUAUUAAUAACAAACAAUAUUAAAUAUAUAUUAUAAAACGAGUAUUGUGCAUUUAAAGUCAAUAUGUGAUGAAUUUUAGCACCCUAUUAAGUCCUGUUUCCGAUUCAAUUGUAUUUUUUUUUCAAAUAUUUGUUUAAAAACUUUUCAACUUUUAAGGUUUCAAAAUAUGAAUCUGGUGAAAGUAUUCAAGUUUUGAAAUUUUGUGCGGGAACAGAAAUGACAUAAUUUUCUUACAUGUCCUGAAGCUAUAGUACUUCAAAGUAUAUAAGCUUAACAUUGGAAAAAAGGUUGCACCAAAAGGUCUAUCUUAUAGCCAUAUUUAAUGGAUCAUAUGGACUGUAGUCUUGAACGUAAAAUGGUGCAAUUUAAGUCAAUGAAAAAUCAAAAGUAAAUAUCUGUAUGCUCACAUUUAAAUUGCUUUAUGAAUUAUUUUUUAUAAAAAUCUAAUAUAAUACCAUAUAGUCGAAAGGUACACUAGUUAAUGCUUCGAAAUUGUUUGUUGUUAGUUUCUUAUUAAGUAUGCAACAAGAGAACACAGUUACACACAAUUACUUGGUAGCCACUAAUCGAAAGGUUUUGCACACAAUUUAGGCUCUACGAUUAUGGUAGAGUCCUCCCUGCAACCCAACCCAGAUCGAAUAGCAGACGUGUCGCCAGAUCGCAGUAUCAGUAUCAGAAUGUUAGCUGAAAGCAAUGUGUAAGACAAAUAUACAUAUAUGUACAUCAAGAUAUAUUCAUGUAGCAUACAGGAUGUAAAUCUUAUUUACGUAGUGAGCACUGCACUGCUAUAGACUCGCUCAAAUCAUAAAACAUCGACAUAUUUAUACAAAAAACAAAAACAUACACACAUAUAUGAGAAAAAGCAACUAAAACCUAAUGUAAAUGCCUACCAUAUGUCGAAGCAAAUGCAAUUAAACUGAAUUCUAUCAGUUAUCCCAGCCAACUUCCUGGAGCUACGCAAUCCAAUGAAACAGAAAUACAUACCUAAACGGAAACCAACGUAAAGUUAUACAACCACACGUAAGAACAAUCGCCUUUCGAGAAUCCCUACGUACCCAUAUAGCUAUAACUCAGUAACUCUAUCAAACUUAAGUACCAUAAGUGGCUGCUCUUACCACAAGUACAAGGUUCUUCCCAACUCUAUGAAAUAAUUAAUUGAAACUUUUUUAUUCCGAACGUAUCGACGACCCAUUAAGUUCAUGAAAGUACUUCCACAGGACACUCUAGCCCAGUGGACCACAUGAUGUCUCAGUUCUGUACAAUAAGAAAACCUACCCAAACUAGUUCAAAUAUGCUAUGCCGUGAAGUAUAAACUCAAAUUAGUGUUUCAAUGAAAGUUAUAGAGAAGAUUGAAUAAUCGUUUAAUCAGACGUUGAAGAAAUUAUCCGUUUUAAUAAGCUAUUGAAGUUGGACUUAGAAGUCGAGAUUCUAUUGGAAUUAUUUAAAAUGUGCAUAUGUAUGUAUGUAUAUCUUGCGAGAUUCGAAUCAAACCUACUUCGUGUUACUUUUAAUUGUAUCUAUAUAAUAGAUUCCUUUACUUUAUAUAAUUACCAACGGUCGAGAGGAAAGGAUAAACAUAACACUGCUUAAGCAAAGGAUUCUUUCCUUGAGCAAAACAUAUACUAUGUACAAUAAAUAUUAAAUUGUCACAUUUACUUACAAACAUACAUAUGUAUAACUAAAACGUGCUACGGAAAUCCAAUACAAUAUAUGUUUACAUCUGACAUUUGUGUUAAUUGCGACUAUAAUUGUUUACAAAAACUAUAUAAAACCUAUCAUAUUUAAUUGUGAAGCGUGUUUAAAAUAACUUUGAAAUGGCAACUUACACAUUGUUGUGGGAUUUAAACUAAAAACAUCAAGUUAAUUAUAUAAAAACUAAUGCUAAUAUACAAAACUGUUGAUGUUAUGUUUAGUCAAAUAAUGAAUUCCAGAAAUAAAUGCAUAAUAUAAAAA